AUGUCUCCAACACAUUCAAUCUCUAGUAUCGAGGAAGCUCCCUCGGUAGAAGAGAUACAACCCCAAAGAACCAAAUCACGCCGAUCAGAGAACGGCAAUGGCCUUCAUUUGGUUCAAAGUCAUCUUUCUCACCAUGAUAUGCCCGUGACCAAUGACGAGUAUCACGAGGUCGACGCCGAUCAGUAUCUACGCUUCUCCCAUACCCGCAAGAUAGUCAUUGUUGCAGUGCUAUCUUUUUGUUCGUUUCUGGCUCCAAUUUCCUCCACGUCGAUCUUAUCGGGUGUUCCAGAGGUUGCAUUGACAUACAAUACCACCGGAAGUAUCAUCAAUGCUAGCAAUGCCUUAUACCUGGGGUUUAUGGGGAUUGCGGCCCCAUUCUGGGGUCCAUUUAGUCAAGUGUGGGGACGAAGACCGAUCUUCCUGACCAGCGCUUUUCUCUUCUUUGUCUUCAGUAUUGGCACUGCGCUGGCUCCGAACCUUCCAGCAUACUUCAUCUUUCGUGUUCUUACUGCCUUCCAAGGAACAUCUUUCCUGGUUGUAGGUAGUUCCGCCAUUGGCGAUAUUUACGAGCCACGGGCUCGUGCCACGGCCCUCGGCUGGUUCCUAUCGGGUACCCUCAUCGGGCCAGCAUUUGGACCAUUCCUCGGCGGUGUUAUCGUCACAUUCUGCUCCUGGAGAGUAGUCUUCUGGCUCCAAACCGCACUAGGCGGCGUCGGCGCAUUACUAGUAUUUUUCUUCUUCCCAGAGACAUAUCCACACCUCGCCAAGGCAGACCCAGCCCAGAAGACCUCGAAGCAAAAAGCCAAGUUCCUCUGGCACCGCGUCAAUCCCGCGCGCGUGGGCAUCCUUCUAUUCUCGUACCCGAAUCUCUUUUUCGCGGGCCUAGCAGCCGGUGCACUGGUCUGGAACCAGUAUUCCCUCCUCACACCCAUCCGCUACGUGCUCAAUCCCCGCUUCAAUCUAACCAGUCCCAUCGAAUCGGGUCUCUUCUACAUCGCGCCGGGAUGCGGGUACCUAGUCGGCACGUUCAUGGGCGGGCGAUGGGCAGACCAUACUGUGAAGAAAUGGAUCCGCAAGCGCGGCGGCGUCCGUGUUCCAGAAGACAGACUUAAAUCUUGUCUUGUCUUUCUUGGGAUCGUUAUUCCCGGCUGCAUUCUCGUCUAUGGCUGGACUGUUGAGAAGGCUGUUGGUGGGAUUCCGGUCCCGGUGCUUGCGAUGUUUAUUCAAGGAAUCGCACAGCUCUUUUGUUUUCCCAGUUUGAAUACGUUUUGUUUGGAUGUUAUGCAGUCAUCUGGUCGAAGUGCGGAGGUUGUUGCGGGGAAUUACAUGUUCCGGUAUGUUUUUGCGGCCAUUGGCUCUGGCGUCGUGCUUCCGGCUGUCGAGGCUAUCGGUGUUGGAUGGUUUAGUACUAUCAGUGCCCUGUUCCUUGUGAUCGCGGGGCUGUGUGUCUGGGCGACUACAAUCUUUGGUGAUAAAUGGCGAAAGCAGGUUGAUGCUAAGAAUCAGCGCAAGGAGGGUGGAAUCAUUGAGGGCCCUUCUUCUCAACCGAACGAUGAAAAGAAGGCCGAGGUUUGA